GCAAACAUAUAUCUUUGAUUUGGUAUCCUCGGUAGUAGUCUCGUAACUUGGUACAUUAUAUAUCGAUUGGUACCAUACUGUGCCAGGUGUUACCUCUUACUUCUCUUCUUCCUCUAACUUUUAAAGCACAUCAAAUCAGGCAAUAUCAAAGGGUGCCCCUCGUUUGACGCUACGAGGACAGAUGGAAAAACGCCGACCAUCAUAUCUUCGAACCUCUUCUAAACCUAAUGAGGCAGGAACCACCACCGGGACCAAAAUGGAAAUUGGCCAAGUCGCAGGAUUAGAUACUGGAAUGAUAGGAGAACGAGGAAGUGAUGAAGAUUUAAAUCCUGAUAUGCUUAUAAGACAAAAUUUUGAACUUCGACAUAGAUUAGAGGAAGAAACUGCGAGUUAUAAACGACGAUUAAAUACUUAUCGGCAAGCUCAACAACAUCAAGCAGCUUUAGUGUCUCGAUUACAAGCUAAAGUUUUACAAUACAAACAACGAUGUUCAGAACUUGAACAUCAAAUGGCAGAAUCCUUACCUAUUGAAAUGUCUAGAAUUCCAGUUCAUUCAUCAACGAGUAAUUCUGCUUUAGAAGCAGCUCAACAAACUUUACGUGAUUUAAGAGAAGAAGAAAUUCAAGACUUAGAAACAGCUCUUCGUAAACUUUCUGAAGAACGAAAACGAACAGAAAAACUUAUUGAACUUAAUACAGCAUUAAAAAAUCAACUUGAAGAGUCACAUAAAACUAAUGAAUCCUUGACAAAUGAUUUACAAAAAUUAAGUACAGAUUGGGAUGUUUUAAGAGAAGAAAUGGCUAUUAAAGAAGAUGAAUGGAAAGAAGAAGAAAUUGCAUUUAACGAAUAUUAUACUUCAGAACAUCAUAGAUUAUUGAAUUUAUGGCGAGAUGUUAUUUCUUUAAAACGAUUUUUCUCUGAAAUAAAAUCAAAUACUGAACGAGAUUUAAAUAAAUUUGUAAACAAAUUAUCAACAGCAACCAAUGACAUGACCUCAGCAUGUAGUAGUGUAAAAUUAGCUCUACAAAUACAAGCAAGUACUUUACAAACUUCGACUGUUCAACAAUUUAAAGCCCACGAAUCAACAGAUUCAAAAACAGAGAUAGAAAAUAUAAAGCAACAAUGGGAAAUAGCACAAAAUGAUAUUAGAAUAAAAGACGAUAGAAUAAAUCAAUUAAUUCGAGAAAUACAUAAUCUUGAAGAAAGAUGUAGUGAAGCUGAAGCAAGAAUUGGACAAGCAACAAAGAUUCAAGAGGAUGUUGAAAUUUUAGAAUCUGCUUUAAGAGACAUUGCUCAUGCUGUUAUUCAAGAUGCUGAAAAUAGAGACAUUGAUAAUAUUCAAGCAUCUCCUCAUAUUCAUUUAUCACCUCCAAUUAUUCCUCAACGUUCUCCAAAGCGUGUAGUUCGGAGUAAUACCAUUCCAGCAUUUGCCGAGAGUACUAUUAGUGCCGUUCAAGCUUCUUUACAUAAAUAUCAGCUUACAAUUCAUGAACUUCAAGUUAAAUUACAAACUAAUGGAGAACAAUUAAGUUUAAUAAAAAAACAAUGUGAUUCGGCUGAAGAGAAUGUUCAAUUAUUAGAAGAGAGAACGACUGAAUUAAUCACACAAUUGGAUUCUACACGAGCUCAAUGUACACAACUUUCUCAAGAACGAGAUAUGCUUCAAAAAGGAUUAGAUACAAUUAGAAGUGAUAAAAAUUUGUUGGAAAAGAAUAAAGUUGAAUUAAAUCAUACUAUUGAAGAUCUCACUGGAGAUUAUGAAAAACUUGAAAAAAUAAAUACUAAAUUGCAAAAAUUGUGUGAUAAUUUAGAGGAUGAAAAGAUAUAUCUUCAGAAUGAAUUGUCAAGAAUUAAUAAAGAAUUUGAAAUAAGAGAAUCGAAUUUUAGAUCUGAAGAAGAACGUUGCAGUCGAAUUAGAGAAGAAUUAUUGACAGUACGAGAAGAACUAAAUAAAGUAUAUUUAGCCAAAGAUAUGUUAGAACAACAAAAAAUAGAAUCAGAUAAUUUAAUUAUUCAAAUUGAAAAGAACAAAAAUGAUAUAGAAUUAGAAUUAGAAAAAAUUAUAUUGGAUAAAUCAGACAUUCAAAAUGAAUUAAUAAAGAUGGUGACAGUUUGUGAAAAUCAUGAAAAAGAUAAACAACGACUUCAAGAUGAAUUAAAUAGAAUGGAAGAAGAAAAGAAUAAAUUAAUAAAUCAAUGUUCUGAUCAACAAAGUGAUUUAGGAUCUUUACGAAAAGAAUUAUUACAAGCAGAACAAAUAAGAUUAGAUUUAGAGGCAGAUAAAGUGACUUUAAGUGAAAAAAUUAAGUUUUUGGAAAUUGAAAAAGAAAAAAUAGAAAUAGAAUUAGGUCAAGUAAUGCGAGAAAGAAGUGAUUUAAGUAAUCAAUUAUCAUUAUUAGCAAGAAAAAAAGAAUCAUUGAAUGAAGAAUUAUUGAGAACAAGACAGAGAUUAGAACAAGCUAAUGAAGUGAAUGCUCGAAUUAAUCGAAAUUUGGAAGAUCUUAUUAAAGAUAAUGAAGAGAAGCAAGUCAUUUUAGAAACAAACGAUAAAGAAUUUCAGAGAAUGCAAGAACUGUUGGCUUCAAUGAGAAGUGAAAAAGAAACACUUGAAGGAGUACUAUUCGAUACUCAAACGAAUCUUGAAGAGACUCAUUUAAAAAGAAUUCAAUUAGAAAAAGAACAACAAGAAUUAUUAGUAAAACAAGAAAGUUUAAAAGGACAAAUAGUUCGAUUAACCAAAGAUCUUGAAAAUAGUGAAAAACGUACACAAGAUAUUAAACAAAGUCUCACUCAACAACAAGGCAAUCAGGAAGCUGAAUUUCAACAAAUUGUUAUGAAUUUAAAAAAACAACAUGAAGAUACAAAUAAAAAACUACAUGAUGAAAAAGAGCAAAUAAGAAUAUCACUGGAGAAAAAAUUUCAACAAAAUAUUAAUAAUUUAGAAAGUCAAAAGGAUGAAGAAUUAAAUCAAUUACAAAAUAGAAUUGAAGAAUUACAACAACAUAUUGAUAAUUUGUGUCAACAACAUGAAGAGGCUUUACUUAGAGCAGAAAAUGAUAAACAGCAAGCUCUACUUAUUGCACAUCAUGAUCAAAAAGCGUUAAUGGAAAAAUUAGAAAAUCUACUACAGGAAUUAGAAGUUGAAAAAAAUUCCCUUGAACGAUUAAGAAGAGAAGCUAAUUCACGAGCUGAACAAGAUCGAACAAAUAUUAAUCAAUUAAGAGAUGAAUUAAAUCGAAUGAAAACAAAAUACGAAGAAACAAAACUUCAAGAUGAUGAAGAAAAAUUGAAAUUGGAAUUAAAAAUUGAAGAAAUAUGGAAGGAAAGAGAAAAUGCACAAAAAGAAUGUGAGGAAUUAAAUAUCCAGCUUCAUGUUGCUGAAGAUAAAGUAGACAGUUUACAAAACCAAUGGCAAGAAACAACACGCAAACUUCGCGAUGCUGAAAAUACCAUUGAAUCAUUAAGGAAAGAUUUAGUUGAUGUUAGGAGACAGUUGACAGAUUCUAAUUAUGCAAUGGAAAAGUAUAAUAACACUAACAAAGAAUUACGAGAGCAUGUGAAACGUAUCGAAGGAGAAAAGAGAGAACAAUCAAGAGCUUUAGAAGAUGCUUAUCAAAAAAUAACAACUAUGGAAGAUACAAAAACAACUAUGGAAGCAGAAAAAAAUCGACUUCAAGGUCAAAUAAGAGAUAUGGAACAUAAAUUAAUUCAAGUUCAACAACAACUUAAUUUUACCCAAGAUGAACUCCAGAAAAGUCAAUCAGCUAAUUCUCAAGCACAAAAUGAAGAAAGAGAGUUACAAGCAAGAUUAAUGAACGAAACAGAAGAAAGAGAACGACUUCAACUUCAACUACAUCAACUUAAAAAACAAGUGAUUGAUUUGGAUAAUAAUUUAGAAGUUACAAGACAAGAAUUAGGUAAACUAAGAUCAAGAACAGAUGAAGAAGAUGAGCGAUGGCGAGCUAGAGAACAAGAAUUACUUCUACGAUUAGAAGACAGUCGAUGCAAAGAAAGAAAACUCGAAGAUCAAAAGCAUAAUCUAGAAGUGUGUUUAGCUGAUGCUUCUCAACAAAUUCAAGAACUAAAAGCACGACUCGGCGGUGCUGAAGGCCGUGUAAGAGCUCUAGAUGGGCAAUUAUCACAGUUAGAAACAGCUAAAAAAGAAGUUGAGCAAAAAUUGAGCAGUGUUGGUUCAACAUUACGAAGAAUUGCUGGAAUUCAAUUAGAUGGUACUGUUAAUAUGCCAUUUAAAUUGACUAGCCCAUCGAGAAGAUGGAGUCCGGCGCGAACAUCUCAUCAAGAUCAUGAAAUUAAUAGAGAUCAUGUAAUACUUGAUGUUGAUCCAGAAAUAGUAAGAAAAGGAGUUAGGUCUUUGAUGCAACAAGUUUUACAAAUUGAAAGAGAAAGAGAUGAUUAUAAGAAUGAACUUAAUACUAUUAAAAAACAAUUAAUUGAAGCACAAGAAUGUCAGAAUAAAUUAGAAUCAAAAAUGAAUCACGUAAAUGUUACAUUAAGGGCUCUUCAAGAUGAAAAAGCAUCAUUAGAAACUCAAUUAUCUCAAAAACAAAAUUCACAUCAAUCAUUACAUGAAACAUUAAAUCAAAAGAAUCAAGAAAUCGAGCAUUUGAAAGAAAAAGUAACAACUCUAGAACAUGUAAUAAGUAAUGAAUCUGAUAAUAAAAUUCAAUAUGAAGAAAAAUUCGACAAAAUGAAGCAAGCACUUAAUAAAUUAGAAAAUGAAAAACGAGGAUUACAAGAAGAUUUAGGAAGAUCUGAAGCAAGAGCUACGAAAUUGGAAUUACAACGUAUGUCACUGGAAGGUGAUUUACAACGCUUACAAAUGAUAUUACAAGAAAAAGAUAGUAAUCUUCAAAAACUUCAAGAUCGAUUAGAUGCUCAAUUAAAAACAUCUACAGGUUUAGAAGAACGUUGUGCAUCAUUAAAAUCUACAAUAGAACAAUUAAAUCUUUGUUUAGAAAGAGCAUCAGCUACUGAAAAUGAAUUAAAAAGUGAAAUAAAUAAUUUACGGCGAUCAAUAAUGGAAAAUAAUGCUUUAACACAAACUAGUAAUGAAAAAAUAAAACAUUUACAAAAACAAUUAGCUAGUGCGGAAAAUGAAAGAAGAAUUUUAUCAGAACGAUUAGAUACGACUCAACAGCAAAUCAUGGAAUUGAAACAUUCCAAUCAAACUCUUAUGGAUCAAAAUGCUAGAUUGCAGAAUGAUUUAGCUAAUAAUGAAGUACAGCGAUCUGGAUUAGAAUCUCAAUUAAGAUUAGCUAAUUGGUCACAAGACAGCCCAUCAAAUAAAGAUGACGAAUUAAUACGUCAGUUGCAUACAGCUCAAAGGGAUAGAAGUGAAAUGAGAGGAAAAGUUGAUGCGUUACAUGAAAAAGUAAGGCUUUUAGAGUCAGAUAAGAGAAAUUUGGAAAGACAAUUAGCAUCAAUUAAAUCUAGUAGUGGUCGUAGUAAGAGCUAUGAACGUCCCGAAAAAGCACAUAUAGAAUUAAAAGGAUCAAAUAUAAAUGUAGAAUUAUUAGAGCAGGAAAAUCGUGAUCUUCGAAUGCGAAUACGUCGAUUAGAAACUUUAAUGGCAGAAAAAGAAGCUGAAAUUAUAAGAUUUAAAACACAAGUUCAUUCCCAUUCGAAUCUUGAUUCAAGUCGAGAUAGGAUGAUUGAAUUAGAAACCUCACGAGCUAGACAAUUACAGGCAGAAAAAUUACUAGUAGCUAGAGAACAAAGUCACCGACAACAAGUUUUACGAUUAGAAAAUCAGAUUCACGAGCUUCGAGAUAAACUUAAUCAAGAAAUUAAACGACGACAGUCAUAUGUACUUCGUAGCUCAAGAGCUGGUCGAGAAAUGGAACAUUUACGAAAAGCUUUAGGAGAUUCAUUGAGAACGGUGGCACAGGAUCCAUCACUCGAUGCCGUUUUAUUGGAACAUGAAUCACGAAAAUUGGAUACUACAGUUGCCAGUACUACGAGUUUACCACCAUCUUUAGCUUUACCAGCUCCUUCCCUUGAUCGAAUGUCUCCUAUUUCUCCUUCUAUUAAAUAGAUAUUUUUUUUAAUCAUUUUAUUCAGGUAAUUAUUAUUCAAUUCAUUUUUAUUGUAUGAGAUUUUAAAUUUAAACGUGUUCAUAUAACUUUGAAGAUGCUAAGAAUUUUUUAUUUAAAUCUAAUAAGAAAGCAAAUCAUUUUAAACAUUGAUAGAAAAGUAUCAGUAUUUCAGAUUUGAAAAAAUGACAGAAAAGUCAAAAGAAUAUUUAAUCAAUUGUGAAAAGGUUUUGUACUUAAAGUGCCUUCAGUAAAUUUUUGAAAUUUUAUAUAUUAAAAAAUAAAACAUCAAAUGAUGUUAAAUGUAAUACUUAUUAUACAACAAUCGACUUUGGAAAAAUAGUACUAAUAUUUCUGCCAAUAAUCUUUAGUCAAUUUUUUCGAAAAUUUUAUAAAUAUUUACUGAAUUAGCAUAUUAAUUAUUUAUUUAUUAUUUUUAUCGUUAAAUGAUGAAUUAAUAGUAUUAUUUAUUUUAGAAUUUUCCAAAAAUCCGUCCAUAUUAAGUAAAUAGUACAAAUGCUUUCUUCUUUUUUUAUCAAUAUUUAUUUUUAUUUUAUUGUAGAAAAUAAACGACUGAUUUAUUAUUAUAGAAAUAUAUAUUAAUUUAUUUAAUUUCGGUUAUGGACGAAAAAAUGCUACGUUUGGUCUUAUUAAGAGACUAAGAACAAUUUUUUGUAGCAUAAAUCAUGUAGAGAAUAUCAUCUUACAAGUUUAAUCACUGAUUGAUUGUAAUCGGGUAAUAAAAAUGCAAUUGGAAUAGUAAAAUAAUAACGAAAUGCUUAGAAUUUGUAGGUACAACGACUGUGUCGGUUCUUUAGUAAAGAGAACAAAAGACAUUCAGUCAUUAUUUAAAUGUCACGAUGAAUAUUUGACAUGCUCCAUAGUCUGGUUUGAAACUUAUCAGUUGAUGAUGAUUUAUGUAUUUAAUAAUUUUUAAUUAUUAACAAAAAAACGUUCAAUUAUUUAUUUAUUUAUUCUUUAAAAGAAACUGAUAUAUGAAAUAUCAGAAGAAUAAUUUAUCACUUUUAAAAACAACAUUUUCAAUCAAACUACACCAUUUUUAUACCUCUUUUAUAAAUUAUUGAUGUAAAAUUAUUGUUAC